AGUUGCAGGUUUCUCUUUCUCUGUCCGGGUCCAUGUUGGAGUUCAUCUGUUCUGCUGGGUCAUUUCAGGCCACGUCUGUCCGAUAACAGGAGCAAUCGCCGUCAUUACAGGGAUAUCAACAGCCACUUGUACCGGACAUAUACACGUACUGUGUCGCAGAAUCGAGGUCCUUCAACCUGACAUCAUCAGCAAUCUUGAGAGCAGAUUUGAGAAUCUAAACAUCCUUGGAGCUGUCAGUGUUCUGGGGCCACAGCACCAACCUUGGAUGAUACUGCCAACAUUGCCCACCUGCAGACCCUUAUUAGGAAAGUUCUCCUUUGACAGUAUGCCAAGAUUGGAUGUCAUUCAAAGGACAUGUGCUGUCAGGAGCAUUCAAGGUAAAGGAAUGAAUGAACACCGUCUUCAAAUCUGCUCGAGGAAUCUCACUGGUCAAGGAAUGGAUGACCGCUGAUGGCAGACCUACAUUCAGGAAUCUCACUUAUCAAGCAUACACUGCUCCAACUGGCUCUGGGACGACUUGGAUAUUACACAGAGCGAGAGCAAGCAGACAAAUGCAACCCCCGUUGGAAAGAUGAGGCCAUGCAGAAUGGGUACAUACCAAGUUACCUGGACAAGGAUGAGCUUUGUGUUGUGUGUGGGGACAAAGCAACCGGCUAUCAUUACCGCUGCAUUACCUGUGAGGGCUGCAAAGGUUUUUUUCGGCGUACAAUUCAGAAGAACUUAAACCCGACAUACGCUUGCAAGUAUGAAGGGAAAUGCGCCAUCGACAAAGUCACGCGGAAUCAGUGCCAGGAAUGUCGCUUCAAGAAAUGCAUUGCUGUCGGCAUGGCAACAGACUUGGUAUUGGAUGACAGCAAGCGUCUAGCCAAACGGAAGCUGAUCGAAGAGAACCGGGAGCGGCGGAAGCGCGAAGAACGGCAGAAGACGGUGUGGGACAGGCCAGAGCCCACGCAGGAGGAAUGGGAGCUGAUCCGUGUCGUCACAGAAGCCCACAUGGCCACGAACGCCCAGGGCAACCACUGGAAACAGAAACGCAAAUUCCUGGUCGAGGAAACAAUGCUACUUAAUGAAAUAACAUGUAAUUUAUUCUGUACCUCUGACCAGAGUGCAGUGGGGGUGAAGGAGGCCAAGCCGGAGGACAUUGGUUCGGCACCCAUCGUCAACGCGCCAGAAGGAAGCAAAGUGGACAUCGAAGCCUUCAGUCAGUUUACAAAAAUUAUCACCCCCGCCAUCACUCGUGUCGUGGACUUUGCCAAAAAGCUGCCAAUGUUCUGUGAGCUGCCAUGCGAGGAUCAGAUCAUCUUGCUAAAGGGCUGCUGCAUGGAAAUCAUGUCUUUAAGAGCAGCCGUACGUUAUGAUCCCGAGAGCGAGACUCUGACGCUCAAUGGCGAGAUGGCCGUCACACGUGGCCAGCUCAAGAACGGGGGUCUGGGCGUGGUCUCGGAUGCCAUCUUUGAUCUGGGUGUCUCGUUGUCCUCCUUUAACCUGGAUGAUUCGGAGGUGGCGUUGCUACAAGCCGUCAUUUUGCUGUCUUCUGAUCGUCCAGGUUUAACAAGCAUUGAACGCAUCGAACGCUGUCAGGAGGAGUUCCUCUUGGCCUUUGAACAUUACGUCAACUACCGCAAGCACAAGGUGGCCCACUUCUGGCCCAAGCUGCUUAUGAAGGUGACAGACCUGCGCAUGAUUGGCGCCUGCCAUGCCAGCCGCUUCCUGCACAUGAAGGUGGAAUGUCCAACAGAGCUCUUUCCGCCCCUCUUCCUGGAAGUAUUCGAGGACUGAUGGCCAACCAAUCAAGCCAAGCUGCUCCAACCUCCCCUCAGACUGCCCUGUUUCUGGUCACGUGGCUCUUUUUAGCACUACUGAGCAAUCCUUCAUUCCAGAGUUAUAGGAGUAGCUAUCUGGCCUAGUUUGAAUGAAACCAUUCCUAUUACAAAGCGGGUACAUGUGAAUAGCGUUACAAAAUCUUUUUCUUUCACUCAAAACUCACCUUUCAGUCGCAUCUGUUAUUCACUGUUUUUUUUGUGAUCAUAGCAGCUUAACUGAGAUGUGCAAACUAUGCAUUGUUAUGGUUUUACGUCAAGUGGAAGUCAAAGCUACGUCAGGCAUCAGAGAAAGAUUUGAAAGCACCACACUUUAAAAGAGAAUAGCAAUACUUUCUCUUUACUUUCACUUUCUGUAUCCCGUGGGUCUAAAGGUCUUAAAAAAUCUUUUCAUUUACUAUGAAAUUCUGCGGUCUAAAUUGAACAUUGGGGAGCACAUUAAGCAGAUUUGUUAUGGUUCUGUUCUAAAACUCAGUGAGCUGCUGAAUUGGGCAGCAUUUUACCACAGUCACAUUUUCUAAAAACCUGUGUGAAAGAAAAUAUUUUUGUUUCUCCUGUCUCAGGCUGCGUUUACACCAACCGCGUUUCAGGUGUCAAAAUCGCAUCGAGCGCACCUAGUUUGCCGCUUGAACAGUUUGAAUGCAUUGGCGCGUGUAGAGCGAAAUAGACGCGCGGAAAAAGCAAGCAUUUGAGGCAAACUCCGCUCCUUGUGGGAGGGGCAAAUGCUAUGCGGUUGUCUGUUUGCAGGAUGACUGAUGUUUAUUUUGCAUUUAUCAAGAGAGUUACCAGUUUGUAUUUGGUAACCUUACUAUAGGGGGGAAAUAAACAGCACGGGUCAUUAAACGUCACGUGCCCAAUGUCCUCACUGACACUCUUCCAAGCGAGGUCCUUUUUAUUCCAAGAACUUGUCGUAUAGCUCCGGGUGACUGCUUAGGGACAAUAUCAAGCGUUCCUUCAGGUUGAAUGAGUGACUCCAGGCGGGGCUGCCACCACAGCAGCAAGCAGGCUCCUGAUUGGUUAACGCGGCGCGAAAUUCCGCCAAAGUUCCAAUUUUUUAACUCAGCCGUCAGCCGCAAAUUUUCGUGAACCACAAAAUGCACAAAAAGCAUCAUUCGCGCGUACCGCGCACAACGUUCAAUUGUGCCAACUAGAUGCGCGAAUGAAGCGGAAACGCAUCUUCUGCGCCGCACUAAACGCCUCGUCCGUGCCGCGGGACCUCCAGUCGCGCGUUAAUGCGUCUUCACAUUGACUUAACAUUGAAAUCACUCGCGCUUCACGCCUCUACCGCGGUUGGUGUAAACGCAGCAUCAUACUACAGAAACCCAAAGCCAGUUUUAUUCAAACUCUGUGUGCAGUGCAGUACGGAAACGGAGGAGCCAUUGUGCUUUAACAUGUAACGUGUUUGCAGAUCCACACUGCUGAUCCACUGCUUAUGUGUGCCACAGAUAACUUACUACGUAGUCUGUUUAUCAUACAAAACACUAGAUACAAUUUUGACCGGAAUUCCUCCUUUAGGAAAAUAACCAUGUUUUUUAGCAGAUUUGAUAACUAACAAAUUUAUAAAUGCCAUGAAUAAACUAUGGUUAUUGUGGUGAGACCAUAGUACAUUUUUAGUUACUGUGUUUUUACUACAAACGAAGAUAUUUAAAGGAACAGUAUGUAAGAAAUUUUUAUCAAUUAAUCAUUAAAUGGCCCUGAAAUGUCACUAGACAUUAAGAAAUCAUUUUUAUUUCAAAUACUUAUGUCACUGACAACAGUGGUCUGGCCAGGAUAUUGUCAUUUAAAAAGUGGAGUUGCAGCCCUCAACUGAUGUUUAUGUUGUCAUGUUGUGUGAUUGCAGUACCAGUUUUAGCCACACGUUUUGUGAUCGCAAUACCAGUUUUUGCCACAAUCCUACAUACUGUUCCUUUAAUAUAACAAGAUUAAGCACUGCUAUUACAAUAAACAGGGGACAAUGCAACUCUCAAUAUGGCUUUCCAAUUAAAAGAACCAAUCUUCAGUCGAAAAGCCGAUUUUCUGGGGAGGGGGGCUCACAUGAAGUGGUUUCCAACCAGUGUGUAGCUAAAACGGUAGUUUUUCAAGUGCAAUUUCAUCUUAAGAAAUCCCAGAAUGCAUUGUGACAUUUCAACAUCAUGUUCUUUUGAAGUCAAACAUCUCAUGGGCUUCACAUGAGGAGCCCUAUCUUUAAACGCACAGAGACGUAACCUGUUUACAGUAUUACACAUCAGUCCAGGUCACAUUUGGCUUGAAAGAUAGCUGCCCGUGUACACAGCACACUUGGAACAGAGCUAUAACAGAGCAGUUUUGGAACAGAGCUAUGGCAGGGAGCAGGUCAGAUUUACAAGUGGUUACACCAUGGGUAAAAUAAUCACUUAUUUUCAGUAUGUCUAAACGGUUACAGGGUAAGACCUUCAUAAUACUCCAGUUAGAGCUCCUGAGCACAAACACGGAGACACCCAUCUGUUAAAAGCACAAAAACAUGUUUUGAUCAUCUUAAAAGAUAUCUUUAGCACUUAGGAAAAGAUAUCCUGAUGAUGGAGAUCAUUUGGCAGAAGCACACAUUAAAGCACAUAAGAACCCUCUCAGCAUCUAAUGUUUAAGGUGCCAAAACGUUUCCUACAAAGAUCCUUCUCUGUUUGUGUUAAGCUGAUCAGAGGAACAUACAGUAUUUUUUCCUCUGUACCCAGCUGAACUGCCUGGCAGUCUUUGUGUGUCAGAUUCAUUAGAAGGAACUCUAUUCAGCUUUGUUCAUAUUAUGUACGCUGCCAUUACACGUAGGCUUCAGCUUGAACUUGUUGGUGCUAUGAGUUUGCCGAUUUAUACCUCCAUACACUUCUGCCAGUUAACCUCACAUUGUCUGGGUGUCAUUGACACAAAUUCACACAAACAAAUACACAACACUGAGGGGUCAGUGGCCACCCAUUCAUUCAGAGUGGCUUCUGUGAAAUACACAGAUAUGGCUGGCUGGACAUCUUCAUCAUUUCAGCUGGUGUUAUUUCUGUUUUGGUUUUCUUGUAUUCCUGUUGUGUUUGUAAAUGUUUAUAAAGACAUCCUUGUGUGCUGCAAACGAGAUCAAACCUCACAUACCUCUACUUAUUAUCAGGAAAUGGCAGAACUGGUUGUUGUUUUUUCAAAGAUCACACAAUUUCAGAUUCACACCUCAAGAAGCAGCGCAAUUCAUGAGUGUUUUGUUAUAGUGGUGCGUUUUGUAAGCAAUAGAAUUGCUUGAGAGGUUUUACCCAUUUUGGACAGAUUUCACGGCAAAGACACACCAAUGUAGAUAAAAGUCAAUGCACAGACAAUCAACGUGUUGAGAGAGAGAGAGAGAGAAAAGAGAUAUGAAUAAAAGGAUAAAGCUUUCAAGAAGGAUGAAGCCAGGGUCCAAAAUUAACACUUGGCAGGUACCAAAUAUAAAUAAAACGAUGUUUUUUUAGGAGUAAAUAAAGGUUGCAGUUUGUUUUUGUAUGAUGUGUCAUUUUAUAUUUUGUUUUGCUUUUUUUAGUUUUUUAAACGAAUAAAUAAUUGGUCUGUAUUUUUUUCACAUCUGUUAAUUUUGGACCCUCAGCAGUAAUGUUUUUUUUUUCUAGAGAGAUAAGCAGGUGCAGUACAGACACACUGGGAGUCAAAACUGUUUCCUCUCUGAGAGCGCAGGUGGAAAACAUAAACGCACUACAGAAUAAAGCUAUUUAUGGUGUAAAGGAAAGAGGCUGUAUUUUUUCAGACAGAUAAUAUUUUUUACAGAUGUUAUAUGCACAGUAUGAACAUUUUACAAUUUUACAUACACAGAAGACUUCUCAAAAUACUUUUUACCGUAAUCCCAGCGAUUCCUGUUUUAACAAUCCUGGUUAAGUCAUGAUCUCUCUCCGGCGUGCGUUUUAUCAUUCCAGAUUAAAUAUGUUAAUAAAAAUUAAUAUAUGUAUUCCACUUAUACCAGUGAUUUAAAAAAGCAUCUACAUUUUGGGCAAAAUGGAAAGCGGUCUGUCGUGGUCAGCAGCAUAAAUCACAAAGACGGCCGUUGCUCAUCAGGUAAACUCAAUGAAAUACAGCUCUAAAAGUAAUCACGUGUAAUUUCUCUGUUUCUUGGUGUCUAACUGUUAGUUAAGAUAAGUUUAACCUGGUCACAUCAACAAUAUGCUGUUGGCAUGAGUGAGUAAACAUAGAUUUGAAUGCAAGUCAAUGUAAAUCAGUUAUUGUAACAAUACUGGCAAAUGGAAUUUUUCUUUAUUGUCUAUUUUUUUGUUUACCAAAAUGAACGUAUUGCACAAGCCUGCUGUGUGACAGUAAAGCCUUGAACUGAAACCAAGUUUGGAUCAUGAUGUGAUUCGGGUAUCCGGGAAGAGACACUGCACUAGAAUAAAGAUUAUUGAAUUUGGAAAACGAUGCAUAUGCACCUGAGGUGAUCUGGAUUAAAGAAUAAAGAUGGUUUUAAGAAAG